AUGGUGGCACUUCCCGAAACCGCAGGCCUAGCUGCCUUGAAUCAACACUCCGCAAAGCGAGCCAUCGAUGAAUCUAAGAGCUAUACCGCUACUCCUCGCUCAUCCACUCCUCCACGCUCAGAUCGCGCCCGAUUGGAACCCAGACAUAGCCUCGACAACGGACCACACCGCGCUCCUCGCAACAUCGGAAGAAAAAGUGAAGGUGCUCGUGCGAGCCCUUUUGAUAUCGAUGCAGUCGAUAGUGCGCUGCUACGUGAAUUCCAACGUCCUCACAGAGAGAGUACUCCUGGUGCUAGUCCGCAUCGCAAACGGCAGCGAAUAAAUGGCGAUCGAUUCAUUCCAACCCGCACGGGACAGGACUUGCAAGCAAGCUUUAGUCUAUUGCAUGAGGAUGGGUCGCCUGCCACACCCUCAAAACAAAAGAAGCGCACACCACACGGUGAGCUUCAUUUCCAAAAGACGGAGGAGGCCAACCGUACUUUCUCUCAUCUAUUGCGUGCUGAACUUUUUGAAAGUUCCAUACCACAAGCAGCAACCCCCAGUCUAUCACCGAACCAGACUCUCCCUACAUCCUCCCACAUUCCCGUCAACGAUGGAACGCGGGCUCACACUCCUCCCACAAAUGCCACUGCUCCAUCACUGCCAUCCUCCUCACUAACGCCGUCAACUCCGCAUAAAAACCUCUUCUCAUAUAUGUCGCCGCGACACCACAAUCAAGUCGCUGGCCACCCUACACCAUCCAAAACUCCACAAAGCCGACACGGUCCCAAUCUCGAUACGCGGGCGGAAAUCUACAGCUUAUCACCAGUUCGAUACGGAAGCCAGCAAAUGCUUCUAAGCCCAAGGCGUCAACCCAGAGCAGUCAGCAAAGUUCCUUACAAGGUUCUCGAUGCUCCCGAAUUGGCCGAUGAUUUCUAUCUAAACCUGGUGGAUUGGGGAAGUGCAAACAUUCUCGGAGUAGGACUGGGCUCUAGUGUCUAUAUGUGGAAUGCACAAACCAGCAAAGUCAACAAGCUUUGCACACUCGAAGACGAUACUGUUACCAGUGUUUCAUGGAUACAAAAAGGCACACACCUUGCUAUAGGAACUGGCAAGGGUCUUGUACAAAUCUGGGACGCGGAGAAGUCACGCAGAUUACGAACGAUGACUGGGCAUACAGCGCGAGUUGGCUCACUGGCUUGGAAUACACACAUCCUCACAUCUGGAUCACGCGAUCGACUGAUCUAUCACCGCGACGUACGGGCCCCUGACCAGUGGUUACGAAAACUGGUCGGCCACAAACAAGAAGUCUGUGGUCUGAAGUGGAAUUGUGAGGACGGGCAGCUGGCAAGUGGCGGUAACGACAACAAGCUCAUGGUCUGGGAUAAGCUCUCAGAAACACCACUUUGGAAGUUUUCGGAUCAUACCGCAGCCGUCAAAGCAAUCUCGUGGUCACCUCACCAACGUGGCCUCCUGGCUUCCGGAGGUGGCACUGCGGACCGUCGCAUCAUUUUUCACGACACUGUCAAGGGAUCAGUUAUCAAUGAGAUCGAUACAGGCAGCCAAGUUUGCAAUCUUGCUUGGUCAAAGAACUCAAACGAGAUCGUAUCCACACAUGGGUACAGCCAAAAUCAGAUCGUUGUUUGGAAAUAUCCUUCCAUGACGCAGGUGGCUAGUCUUACGGGACAUACCUACCGUGUGCUUUACCUGGCCAUGAGCCCAGAUGGCCGAACAAUUGUGACUGGUGCAGGAGAUGAAACCUUGAGGUUUUGGUCUACCUUUGGCCGAAGGCCAGGAACUCGGGAAGAUGGCGAUAACGGUGGCAGGCUUGCUGACCUAGCUGUCAUCCGAUGA